AGUCCCUGCGUGACUACAGAGGUUUGCGUGACGCGACCAAACGACAUUCGCAUAGUGGCCCAUCGACUCUACACGUGAUAGCUGACAACCAGUGUUGUGUCAACAUGCGCUGGGACACUUGUCUGGCCAGCGCCAUGGCCUCGCUGGCCACCGUGGCCCGCGCGGAUCCGACCUGGCCGGCCUCGACAGACGAGCUCGAGGAGAUCAUGUAUCAGGUUUCAGGCUUCAGAGCGCGGCAGUUUGGCGGCACUGUCAUCCCCUGCAACAACAAGGCUUUGGGUCCUGGUAGAAAUGGGCCUGGCGAAUGGAUCCGGUCAGCAUUCCACGAUAUCGCUACCACAAGAAUCGCAAACAAUGCUCGUGUCGGCGGAAUGGACGGAUCUCUACAGUUCGAGCUUAACAGCGGAGAAAACACUGGACAGGCUUUCACCACGACCCUCGUCUUCAUGAAGGACUACUUUACCCUCAGAAGCAGCAUCGCCGACCUGCUGUCCUUGGGUGUCUAUUACGCCACGAGGUCUUGUGGAGGCCCUGCAGUUCCAGUACGUGGAGGUCGCAUUGAUGCCACCGCUGGCCUGGGUGCUGGUUUCAUCCCACUCCCAGGGGAUCCGCCUCUCACCUUUCAAAGCAAGUUCCAGCGCAUGGGCUUCAGCUUGUCAGAAGCUAUCGAGUUGACAACCUGUGGCCACACGGUCGGGAGUAUCCACGCCGCCAACAGUCCAAACGUCAUCGACCCCAGCGAUCCAUUGCUAGUCAAUGGGGCCAUUGGUGUGGACUCGACCAGUUCGCAAUUCGACAACAUGAAUGCCAUCGAGUAUCUUGCAUGGAACAGCACAAGCCCUUUGAUCAACGGCAAAAUUUCCACGACCCAGAGAAAGACCAAUUCGGACACCAAGCUUUAUCUGUUCGAGGGCAAUGUUACCAUCACUGCUGUUGCCCAAGAUGACCCUACUAGCUACAAUGCCCGGUGCUCGCGGGUGUUCCAGAAGAUGAUCGAGGUCGUCCCGGCCGGGGUGGUCCUCACCGAUCCUAUCACGCCAUACUUCGUCAAGCCAGUCAAUCUAGCUCUUGCCCUCAACAGCGGAGCUGAUUCUCUGCAAUUGACUGGAUUCAUUCGCGUCAGAACCACUGGGCUGUCCGCGGACCCAGUGACAGGCGUAUCCAUCACGUAUCAGGAUCGCAAUGGUGGCAGUUCGUGUGGUGUUCUUGGCUGUACCUUCAAGCUGAACAAGCAAGGCCUCACCAAAGGAUUUGAUGAUACAUUUGACUGGUAUCCCAUUAGCGGCCAGAUCCCGACAGCUAGUGGUAUUUCAUCCUUUACCAUCACAGUCACUACGCAGAGUGGCAGGACUCAGACUCUCGACAACAACGGACAGCUCUACCCGAUGCAGGACAAGGCGAUCCUCAUGCAGACACAGAGCUGCUUCCUUUCAUCCGGCGGCUCGUCCGGACAGUUGACGAUCACAGCAGCUAUUCGUAAUGACCGCCUCGGCAUGCCCGCCACGUCUUUUAUUUCCUUCCUGCAAGAUACAGGCAACGCCAACCUGCCUGUCCCCAAGCUGCAAAACGCCACCGUCACACUGACACAGGGCCGCUGUGCUGGGUACUACACCGUGUACACCGCGUCAUACACGAUCCCCGGGAGCUACGGCUACGCCGCCCGGCUCGACGUCAUCAGCGGCAGCGGCCCCGAUAUCGCCAACGACGACUUCAACUCCGUCACGCUCCUGACGGCCUCGUGCGCCAGCUUCACGUAUCCGCAGCAGUCUAGCUGCUCGUCCACGCUGCCGUCGGGAGGCAGUUCGUCAUCGUCUGUCGCAUCAAGCACAUCCGCGAGCACCAGCAGCGUGGUGUCGUCAGUUUCGAGCACCAGCAGUGGCACUGCGUCCAGCGGCACGAUAUCGUCGUCUUCGCUUAGCACGAGCAGCGGGUCUACCAGCAGCAGUGUGUCCUCGUCAUCCUCCAGCAGCGACGUCUCCUCGUCAUCAUCUUCCAGCAGCAGCGUGUCCUCAUCAUCCACUAUCAGCAGCGUGUCUUCAUCAGCUUCUAGUAGCAGCGUGUCUUCAUCCUUCAGCAGCGAUGUCUCGUCGCCAUCAUCCUCCAGCAACGCUGUCUCCUCAUUAUCAUCAUCAAGCACUAGCAGCGGGACUGUCAGCAGCAGCGCGUCUUCUUCAUCCUCCAGUAGCGACGUUUCCCUAUCAUCAUCUACUACUAGCAGCUGGACUGUCAGCAACAGCGUGUCUUCAACGCUAUCCAGCACUAGCAGUGGAACUUCUUCCAGCGGUACAGCAUCAUCGUCGUCAAGCACUAGCAGUGGGAGUGCUACGGCCAGCACGACACAAACGACGACUAGCAGUGCUACUGGGACCUCGAGUUCUGCGCCUGCCACGUCUCCGCACCACCGGGCCACGAUGGGCGGCUACGCUUUUGUGGGCUGUCAGACAGAAGGCACGGGAGUGCGUGCUCUCGCCGCAAAGAACUUUGCGUACGAUGGCAUGACCCUGGAGAGCUGUAUGCAGAACUGCACAGGAUACAACUAUUGGGGCACAGAGUACGGACGUGAAUGCUAUUGCGGCAAUUCCCUGGCUGCGACCAGUACAACGGCCGACCUGUCCGACUGCAACAUGCUCUGCUCUGGGGACCAGACUCAGUACUGCGGAGCAGGCAACAGACUGGAGCUCUACCUGACCACAUCCGUCCCGACCCCGACAGCGACGCUCAUUCACAAGCCCACAGUCUCGCCGUACACCCGCAAGGGCUGCUACACCGAGCUCGAAAACAGCCGGGCCUUGCCAAACUCUGCACUCUCCAACGACCAGAUGACCAACGAGAUGUGCGCGAGCCACUGCAAGAACUACCCGUGGUUCGCGACCCAGUACGCCAAGGAGUGCUACUGCGGCGACUCGCUCGACCCGCGGUCCACGCAAGCGCCCGACGACCAGUGCAACAUGCCCUGCGCAGGCAACCAGUUCCAGUACUGCGGCGGCCCGAGCCGGCUCGAGCUGUACUUCAGCAGCAGCGUGAGAGCGCCGUCCCUGCCGCAGAACAUAACCACGACCGGCGAGCCCGACGGCGCCCACAGCGGCACUUUCCUGUGGUCCCUCGUGGGCUGCUACACCGAGGCCACGGGGAUCCGCGCGCUCAGCGACAAGGCCUUCUUCGCAGGCACGAAUAGCACGCUGGACAGGUGCGCUUCUUCGUGUCUCGGCUUCGCCUACUUUGGCGCCGAGUAUGGCGAUGAGUGCUACUGUGGAAAUGAGUUGAACAAUGGCUCUGUCCCCGUGGCUGCGUCGGAGUGUAAUAUGCUGUGCCCCGGAAACGAGCUGCAGUACUGCGGCGCUGGGAACAGGCUUAGUUUAUAUCAGAUGGAGGAGAACUGAUAAAACUAGUGGUAAUUCUAAGGGUUGAUGCAGAGCCAGUCUGCACAGGAAGAGUUGAUUCAGAAGGACUAGUCGUUCCGGUGUGAUAGCGUAUACCAUGAUCUUCGAAGCAAUGUUUGCCGCGCUUGUAGCAUGUAUGAGAGAGUACACAGAUACGCUUUGCAAGGCACGCCAUGAUGCGUACUUUCCGUGCUCAGAUAUCUCUGCAACCAAUUGGUUAAUCAGGAACCCCGAAGGUGUCCUAUCCUGCCGUGGUCAAUCCAAUGAAAUCCGAUUUGCCCAGUUGCUCUCGAC